CGUGCCGUGCCGUGCCGUGCCGUGCCGUGCCGUGUCGCUCCGUGUCGCUCCGUGCCGCAGCCAUGGUGGUGCUGAGCGCGGCGCGCUGGGUGCGCAGCCGGCUCUCGGAUCGCUUCUGGAGGGUGCAGGAGGUGCUCAAGUACGCUCGGCAUUUUCGUGGCAGGAAGAACCGCUGCUACAAGCUGGCAGUGAAGAGCGUCCGCAGGGCUUUUGUGAGAUCCACCAAGGCCAGGAGGGAGAAGAAGAGAUUCCUCAGAGCACUCUGGAUCACAAGGAUUGAAGCAGCUUCCCUUGAACAUGGUUUGAAGUACCCAGCCUUCAUCAGCAACCUGCUCAAGUCCCAGGUGGAGCUGAACAGGAAAGUUUUGGCUGACCUGGCUAUUUAUGAACCAAAGACAUUCAAAUCCCUGGCAGCUCUAGCCCAGAGGAGGAGGCAGGAAGGGUUCCUGGCUGCCCUGGGAGAUGGAAAAGAGCCAGAGGGAAUAUUUUCACGGAUUGUGCACCAGCACUAUUGAUCUCAGAGUCUGUGUGUGUGUUUUAAGAGCAGGGAUUUGAUUGUGAAGCAAACCUACCCUGGGACUGCUGCUGGAAUGGAAAUUGUGGAACAAAUCCUCUUAAGGAUCUUGUGGAUGUGAAGCUUCUCCUUGAUGGAUUUUUUUUCCCUGUGUUGUUGUCACUGAAAGCUGUGAAAUUAAAAGCACAUUUCAAGGUUA